AUGGUUUUCACAAAAUUGAUCACGGCUUUUGCAGCCAUCGGGGCUACUCAAGCCUACCUUGUUACACCCCCAGCUGGAGCGGAAGUAUUUCCAGGCGCCGUGUCGGACUGUAGUGCAUGGGCACUGGGUUCAGCGGAGUUUUCAUGUGCUGAGGUUGAAGCUGAAUUUGGUAUCACGUCAACUGAGUUUUAUGCUUGGAACCCCUAUGUGUAUCUGCUUUCCAGUGCCUGUUCAAUGGUGCCGGGCUACUAUUAUUGCGUUGAUGUGGACAACCUCACGCAGACUCCAUACACCUUGUCUACGACCCCGACACCCACCCCUACAUCCCAGCCCACUUCUCAAGUUGCGACCACUGCUACCCCAACUUCAUCUGGACUCACUACUCCGUCUCCUGUUCAAAGUGGCAUAAUCUCCACUUGUGAUGCCUUCUAUCUUGUGGUUUCCGGAGAUACUUGUUCCGCCAUUGCCACUGCAGAGGAUAUUUCCCUUGAUGAUUUCUACACUUAUAACCCUGCGGUUGGAAGUUCUUGCGCGAGUCUGUGGGUCGGGUACUACGUGUGUGUUGGCUCAUCUGUCGCUGUCUCUUCAUCCGCCAUCGCUACUACAUCGACGACAUCCUCUGCUACUGGAAUCAGUACCCCGGCUCCUAUCCAGACUGGAAUGACCUCCACUUGUGAUGAGUUCUACCUCGUGGUCUCUGGCGAUUCUUGCGCUGCCAUUGCUGCUGAUUACGGUAUCACCUUUGCAGAGUUCUAUUCCAUGAACCCUGCAGUUGGAUCUGGGUGCGCGAGUCUGUGGGUGGGUGAUUAUGUCUGUGUCGCCUCAUCCACUACUACCUCUAGUGUGGCCACUACAUCAGCAGUGGCAACAACCACUUCUACUUCCGGUAGUGGUGUUACUACUCCGUCUCCCAUCCAGACUGGAAUGGUCUCCACUUGCGAUGAAUUCUACUUCGUCGUCUCUGGUGAUACUUGCGCUGCCAUCGCUGCUGAUUACGGCAUCACGUUCGCACAGUUCUACGCCUGGAACCCCGCUGUCGGGUCAGGUUGUGCAAGCCUUUGGGUGGGCGAUUACGUCUGCGUUGGUGUAACUGCCUAA